AUGAGUAAAGAUUCUAAAAACGAAGCUAAUACUCAAACAUACGAAAAUGUUUUAUUCAUUAGAAAUUUGUCUUUUGAUGCCACAGAAGAAGAAUUAAGCGAAAUAUUUCUUCCAUACGGAGAAUUGGUUUAUUGUGUUAUAACAAGAGAUAAAGAAACUGGACAUUCAAGAGGCACGGGCUUUGUUAAUUUCAAAGAAACACAAGAUGCGAAUAAUUGUUUAUUGGAUAAAAAAGAAUUGACUUAUCAUAAAUCAAUUCUUACUCCAGAUCCUUCUGAUUCUAAAGUACAAAAAUUCACUUUACAAGGAAGGGUUUUAUCAAUUGUUAAAGCUGUUGAUAGAACUGAGGCAAAGAAGUUAAUGGAAAAUAACAAAGUUAAGAGGCAAAGUCAAGAUAAAAGAAAUCUUUAUUUAAUGAAAGAAGGAGUUAUAUUUCCUGAUACAUUUGCAGCUAAAAAUUUACCAAAAUCAGAAUUUAAUAAGCGAUUUGAUUCGUUUACAUAUAGAAAAAAUCUAUUAACCAAGAAUCCAAAUCUUUACAUAUCUAAGACAAGAUUAUCAAUUCGUAAUCUACCAUUAACAGUUGACGAAAGGCAAUUAAAAGAAUUGGCAAUAAACAGUAUUCAGAAAUUUAAAAAUGAAGUCAAAAAUGAUGAACGAGAAGAUUUAUCAGCUGGUGAGAAGAGUGAAGGAUGGAAUAAAAAAGUACACAUUAUACAAGCUAAAAUAAUUAGAUCCAAAGAUAGAAUAGAUCCAAAGACACAAAAGCCAAAACCAAAAGGUUAUGGAUUUAUUGAAACCACAUAUCAUUCACAUGCAUUGGCUAUUUUAAGAUAUUUAAACAAUAAUCCUGAAAUAUAUGGUGAUGUAAUACCAAUCAAAAUAUAA